GGGAGUGAGUAGCCGUCAGUGUGGCUGGAAGAGCCCCUUCUGCUUCACAUUUCUUGGUGUGAUUCAGAUCCACUCUGUGGAUUCUGUGAACGCGCGGCUUCACAAGCUGGUCGUGGAUUUCUGAAGGAUUAUUCAGACCUGCAUUUAAAAAAAACUGCUCAUCCUUUUGAAAGCAGCGUGAUAUUUUCAACAAGAGCUGGAUCUCCACACUCCUCUGCAUGGGUUUGGAUACAGAACUUACAGAAGGACAUGAAAACUUUACCUCGGGGUGAAGAGGUACCACCGGGGGAUCUUGUACAGGACUAUGAAGCAUUUGCAAUCAGCAGCUGAUGCUGAGAUUUGCUGGAGUUUGAAACCUUAGCCGUUUUCUUCUUUGACCAGAUGUUUGUUCAAUGGUUCAUGGUGGUAAAUUUUCUUAAUGCAGGCUAAUGUGAUUUAAAAACCAGAACUGGAGCUUAGGUUGUUAAACUCAGACGAGGUAAUAAUUGUUAAAAAGCGAUUAAGUUGCUUGGAAAAACUGUGACUGCUUUUGAAAACUUCUUAUAGAUUGUUCUGUAGUUGUAGUAUAUCUCACUUCAGUGUGUGUGUGUGUGUGUGUUAGUAUGGGUUAUUAACUGUGUUGCUAUGCAGACAGAGUGGAGCCACACUCAGACAGCUUCACUGUAACCUCACUCACACAGUUUAGCUCAGGAGAAAAGCUUUCUGCACUUCUCAGUCCAGCAGGGAAGACUCCUGCACAACAGCAGCUGUUCCACAGCUUUGAGCACUAAAGUGGCCUUUUCAAGAGUCUGCUAUGCAGACAGAGUGGAGCCACAGAAAACCUGCUGGUAAAAUUAAAGCAACACACAUGGCUGAGCACAUCCUGUCCUGCAGCUGAACAGCAUGAGUGAGACAGUUAACAGCUGAGGCCUUGUGUGUCUGUGUGUGUGCCCCAGUGUGCAGUUAAAGAAAACUUGCAUCAAAAGUUCCUUAUCUCUCGACUCUGCCAAAUAUCUCUUGGUCUUUCUUUCUAUACAUGCUCUCAUGAGUGGAUUGUUUAAGCUGAUGCUCACUCCUACAAAGUAAAAAGAUUAAAUAAUUUGGUUUGAAACAGUUUAUUUUUGCUUUCCAUACAUUUUUUAAAUUUAAGGUCUUAGUUAAAAAUCGUUUUGUUUUAGCUUUUUGUACGCUGCAGAAAAAUGAAGAAACCACUUCCAUUGAGUAAUUCUUGGAACUGCUCCAUCAAUGAAGAACCAGUACUUUACACUCUGCCAGGCGCCAAGAAGAAGCUCAAGAGGAAGUCUCGUGAGCCUAAAAGACUUUUCCCGAGUCCUGAAAGUGAAACCAUAAAAACUGUUCUAGUGGAUAUGUCUGAUGGCAACUCAAAGGACACAGGGACAGGGUACGUCAGCAAGCUGGCUCCUUUUCAUGGACAAUUAACAAUGUCACAGGAGAUGACAAUCAAUAGUACAAAAAAUCCGUCUGGACCACCAGAGGACAAGAUGAUACCGAGCCAGAGUGGUGCUAUAGAUAUGAGAAUUGGCAUCAACGUGCCUGGCAUCUCUUCCAGGGUGUCUGAAUCACCUGCCUCUCCACAGUCACACCAUGAGAUCUCAAACUGGCCUUCCUCGAUCUCUCAGCCCCUGUCCAACAGAUUCAAGUUUGGCAUCCACUCCACGUUCCCCUUGUCAGCAUCGACCAGUGGCACACAUUUUUCUGGAUGUCAGGGAUUCUCCUCAGCAGCCUCUCCACCCGAGCAAUCCACUGCUCCUUUUAUACUCAGAGAGUCCCAGUCCUCCGAGUGUCUGGACCACACUGAAACCCAGGUGUCUUCUCCUAAGGAGUCUCCUAGAAAGCGGGUUGGUGUUAGUUCUCAUGCACGAGGACAUUUUCCAGAGGUCAAAGCCAUCCAACAGACUAGGAGGCUUCUAGCCAACGCCAGGGAGAGGACCCGUGUUCACACCAUCAGUGCAGCAUUUGAGGCACUUAGAAAACAGGUGCCCUGUUACUCCUAUGGACAGAAGCUCUCCAAGCUGGCUAUAUUACGUAUAGCCUGCAACUACAUUCUGUCUUUGGCACAAUUAGCUGAGCUCGACUACAGUUCAGAUCGCAGCACUGUGAGCUUCUCUCAGUGUGUGGAACAGUGCACCCGGACCCUGCAGGCCGAGGGCAGGUGCAAAAAGAGAAAGGAAUGAAGUUCAAGCAGCGACAGCAGUUGAAAAGAAGACUGGGAAAAUAAGUGACAAGAUGAAAGACACGGCAAAGAAAAAGAAGAUGGCAGAUGAAGAACUUGACUCAAGAGCUGUUCCGUGAAAGUAGAGUUCAGAAAACCAAGAUAAGAAAAGAAAGCAAAAUUUUGCGAUGCCUUGUCAGAGCAUUCUGGCCUAACUGUUUUUGUUUUUGUGUUGUUUCAUUUUGUUUUUUGUUUUUAAUGAAAGCCAAGGCAGGAUUAAAAAAGGAACCACAUUCUUAUUCAUUCACUUUCCAGGGUUGUUGGGGAUGAGUCCAGCAGUUAACAGACUGGGGUUGAUGCAUGUAGUGGUGUAGUGGUGAGACUAUUGUGCAUUGGUAUACCCUCACUGCACGCACACACACACACAUUAACAUUACCUAAACUUAAAUGAACUCAGUUAACCUAACGUGUGUGUCUUUAGAACCAUGGAAUGAAGCUGAAGUCCAUGAGGAACACAAGGAGAACACACAAACUCCCCACAGAAAGGCCUAAACUGAGAUACUAAUCAGAGGAUCUUCUUACAGGAAGGUUAACAUGGGCAAAUGAAGCCUUCUGAGACUUUCAACGUUUCUUUCUGACAAUACAAAAAGAUUAGAAGUUUCAACAUUUAUUGAUAGUGAUAAUGUUAGUAAUCUGUGUGGCUAAAUUCUUGAGACAACAACAGAGAUGAAAAUCAAAUUUUAUUCCUGCAGCUAUUGCAGCUUUUCAUGCACAAGUCGGCCAUAAUAGAAUUUGAGAUCAGUGCUACUCAGAAAUCUUCAAACCAGACAAAAUAUUGACUGCAGCCAUCCGUAAUAUGCGUGCACAAUUUUACAUAAAUUGCUAGGGGGUUUCCAAAAAACCUCCACUCUGAGACCUGGAUUCAAAAAGCUUUGGAGUCAGAGAAAACAACAGCUGCUGUUAUUAUGUACCUGAAGGCCAAACUGCAUCAGACAUGCUACUGUUUCACUCAAAAAAGGCAUUGUGUUACCUGGGUUUAAAAAGAAGCACGCAUAUUUGUUGUUAAAUUUGAGAUAAAAUAUAUAAAAAAAAGAAAAGAAUUGCAGAAUUGUAAAUGUUUUAACCCGUAUUAUAAACAGUACAAACUUGACAAAAUUCCCAAAUGUGCACAAAGUCUUUUCUAGAAGCUCACACACAUACAGUUUGGCUGCUAGUUUUGAAAGUAAUAUUAUAUAUAAUUAUGGUCAUUUAAUUUAUAAAACCUCAGUCAGUAAAUAGAACUUCAGAAAUCUGUUGUUACAAGUCAAACAUAUGGUUUCAAUCCAAAGCCUGGCAUUCCUUGAAGGAUUGCAUCUCACCUGUCACCUUUCAUGUCAGAGCAUUAGACAAACAUAAACUUAUGUUGUCAAACCUUAAAAAAAACUUCAAGUACAACGUCACACAAUAUUACAAGACGUCACAUUUAGUUUUUGUCUUGGAUGGCUCUCAGAUACAAUAGGAAUUCAGCUCAAUAUCUGAAAAAUGUACUUAGUUAAUUUUGUAGCUGUUCAGUUUUAGACAUCCACUGAUUAUAUCCAAAAGAUUUAUUGAAAUCUAUUCAGUGGUUCAUGAAAUAUUUUGCUGACAGACAAAUUGGUUUGACUCCAUGAGUUAAUACUAAAUCUUUAUGCAACAAUCUUGUGCAUUAAGUAGCACUUUGUGUGUUUAUUGUGAAAGACUCUCAGUUUCAAACAAUCAAAAUGUUAGCACUAUAUCUGUAAAAUGUAUUGAAUUAUAGCUAUUUUGUGUUUUAUAAGUUGAGAUGGAUUUAACAUGUCUUGAACUGAACUGGUUUGAAAUAUUGAUCAGUUGUAGAGAUAAAACCAAUGACUUAUUUUCCUGAACGUUUCAUUGAAAUUUGGUCAAUGAUUCAUCAGAUACAGAUUUAGAUUGGUUUGAUUGGGACCCGUUUGUAAAGGAAAUAAAAACACACAAUGGUCA